AUGGAAGCCAAAAAACAUAUCUCCACUCUAUUCAGCCCUAGUUUCAACGACAACACAUCAGCAUUAAGUGCCAGAGGCCGCUCUGAGUGUGCUUCUGUUGACGCUCCAGUCAAGCCUAAAACAGCUCGCCGUGUAUUUCGGCUUCAGCAUCUAAUUAAAGACUGCCAUUCUCUCCACGAAAACGUCUAUCAGACUUUCAAAGACGCCAAAUCCAAAAAAAACUUCCAUGUUGGCCGUAUGAAAAUCCUUAACGACGGCAUAACAAUCCCGAAACCUCCAAGCUUUUGAAAAGUGGAUAAAAACUAUUUAGACGGAAAAACAAAAAUAACCAGACUUAAAAAAAAGCGUGAACUUGAAGCCAAAAGAAAAGACCUGGAUCCGCUUUCAUGGGAUAAUUUCGCAUUGACAAGUAGAGAGUUCCAGAAACGAGAGUUCGGGAAGGUCAAUGAAGCUCAUAAAAAUGACGAAUUAUUAGACGCAUUGAUGUCGCCAAGGUAUAUUUUUGCUCAAUAUAUGAGGGUGGCGUCUCCUGAAAAACAUGAAGGAAAUGUGCAAAGGGAGCAUAUACUUAGGCAAAAAAAUAUUUUUUUUAAAAAAAAAUAAUGGGAUUAUAUUUUAAUAAAUAUUGUGGCAAGGGGAUUAAUGAUAAGGUAAAAGGGCUUAUAAGAGUCAUAGGAUUAUUUUUGGGACUCGAGAAAAAGCUGGAAUCCCAAGCUGGUUUGACAGGAAAAUGAAAAGGGAUGUCACAAAAACCCUAAAAGUAGAUUUUCCUAUCGAAAUGAUGGAGCAGCACAUUACGAGUGAUAAGGAAAAAGAAAAUGACCAGAAAAGCGAAGACGCAGACUUUGAUUUUCUGUUUCCUUAUAAGAAUAUUGAUACAUUGAAAUACAAAAUGCGGCUAGAAAAAAUGGUAGGAUCCAGACAUAAAAAAGAAUUUUUAAGGCCUAGUUCACAUUUUCAGGUAAUAUCUCCGAGCACGCUGAAACUGUUUGGGAAAGAAAAAAUUGAAUAA